ACCAUCGACAGCAUCAACAACAACAUCAACAGCAGCAUCAUCCAUAACACCCCCAUCCCCACCAAAACCCGACCAAAAACCAAAACCACCUCCACAAUGGCCACCCCCCAAUUCAGCAUCUACAUCCACAGCGGCCCGAACCCGUGGAAAGUGAUCAUCAUCCUCGAGGAGCUCGGUCUCUCAUACCGCACGAUCACGGUGGACACCAAGUCGGGCGACCAAAAGAAAGCGCCCUACACGGCUCUGAACCCGAACGGGCGCAUGCCGACGCUGGUGGACCACAGCAACAACGACUUCGUCGUGUGGGAGUCCGGCGCGAUCAUCCUGUACCUGGUCGAGAAAUACGACGCCGGCGCGGACUCAAAGCUGGCUUUCGCAAAGUUCGAGAGUAAUGCUACCGCCAAGCAGUGGCUCAUGUUCCAGAUGAGCGGGCAGGGACCAUAUUUCGGCCAGGCGGCGUGGUUCAAGAACUUCCACGCGGAGACGAUCCCGUCGGCCAUCGAGCGCUACGAUAAGGAGAUCGACCGCGUGCUCGGCGUGCUCAACGAUGUCCUCACGGACAAGGAGUACCUCGUCGAGAACAGGGUCAGCUAUGCUGAUCUGUCGUUCGUCACGUGGCUCAUCGUGCUGGACUGGCCGACUAUGGGCGGCGGCGCGUGGAAGAGCGAUGAGAGGUUCUCGGCCGUCAGGGCCUGGUAUGAGCGCCUGAGCGAGAGGGACAGUGUCAAGGCUAUGAAGGAAAUUAAGGCGGCUGGGAAGGAUGGGGUUUUUGGCGUGAAGGCGUAG